UGCCCGUUCUUCCAAAGUUUUGGAGAUGUUUUCCGAACUUCAUCACCAUCGGCGAUUAUGGACCUUCUGUUCGCGUGUAAAUCUUUAAAACGGAGCGCAUAGUUUCUCCUUGAACGUUAACAUACGAGGAACAUGCUCGUCUGUGCCAGAGACGCUGCUCCAGUUGAUGUUUCUGAAGAAAAGCUGUGGGAAUGUUUUGGGUUUUGAGGGGCACCAUGCAGAAACAAUGCAGCCAGUAAGCUAGCGGCUCUCCUCGGUGGCAGGACACCAAGUUACGAAUGCUUCGGGUACACUUUGUCGUGGAGACGGUCACGAUAUGGUCGCUUAUGUUGAAUAUCCAGGUUUUGUGUUGGUUUCCACCUCCUUCGUGUGUCCGCUGCUGUGCCGGUGUAGCGGAGGACGGCGCUGGACGUCAGCCGUGUCGUAACGGUUCCUCCGCGGACACUUCAUGGCUCACGACACCGCCUCCCCUCCCACUGAAACAUGGGAGCCUUGUCACUGUCCAUGAAAUGCAAAAUGAUCCAGGCUGGAAAUCUGCAGACCUGACAGCACUCAGGAUGGAUGGUACGAUGGAAAUCGGUGGGCCCGUGUGGCUGUAUGGAGGGAGGCCGCUCUCUUCUUCAGCCUCUGCUGGGCCAUGGGGACACUCUUUUUACUCUUCAUUUACCUACAUGUCAAACAUCUUGCACCUCAGGAACAGCAGAAGCACUCUCACCAGAUACAGCCCGGGUCUCUCGCUGCCUCAGGUUCAGAGUGUGGCACCUCCGUCUGCAUUUGGGGUAAAAUUUCAUAAGUGUGCACAGGUGAAGCUCGACACUGAUCCCCCUCAGCUGACGUUCUUCCUGCUGAUUCACAACAUGGGCCCUGUGGGCGGCACCAACCUGUCUCAGGUGGCUAUCCGGGACUCCAUUUUGGGAAUAGUACCUCUAAAAACUGACGGCAGGGUAGUGGAACGAGGUUACCAGACGUUUGCCAUCGAUUCAUUGCAGGCUGGAUCCCAGGUUGUUGUCAAUUAUACUGCUCAUGUAAGGAGUCAUAAGAAUGAAGUUCUUGACCUUCCGGCUUUUCUCACCUUCUCUAAUGCCUCACAGAAUGAUGUCAGUAUGUUUGGACCAUUAACAGCUAAUCUGACGCUGAGGGUGAAUUCCACUGACAGGAUUUAUCCUAACCAUGGUGUCCAUUUUGCUGGAUUUGUUGCUGGUUUCUUUGUCACUUUGGUGCUGCUGUCGCUGGGGUUUCUGACCAUGAACCUUAUAGGUCUCAGAACCAGACUGGGCCUUCUUCAGCAAAGGAGAAACCGAGGCGAUUCAGACCCUGAGUAUGCAGAUUGCAACCUGAGUGAGGCAGUUAAAGAUGAGGCAACGUUUGAAGAUAAGAUGGUGGACAUCAUGGUACUGGAGGAUCCCCAGAACAUGUACCAGGCCUUGGAAAACCUUGAAAUGUCUACACUGCUGCAUGCCACCAAUAACCUGGAGGCCACCCGGAUUCAGAUUUACAAGGACGUGAUGUCCUCCCUGCUUGGCGGCCUGCGAUCGCGGGGCCAGGCCAGCGCACAGGCCCAGCAGAGGCUGCUCAGUGUGCUCCACGGACAGCUGCUGGGCAUGGAGGGCCGACUCAAGGAAGAGCGAGGGGCUCGCAUGGCCACCCUGGCUGGUCAGUGUAACUUGGAGACUCGGGAAGAAAUGGAAGCAGAGCACCGCAGAGAGGCUGCUGAGAAGGCCCAGGCUGAGCUACUGUGUCAGCAUGCAGACCAACAGGAGCUACUGCAGUGUAGUGUCCUCCUGGAGAAGCUGCACAAGCUGAGCCAGAGUCGGCUUCAGCGCAUCCUGUUGGUCCGACAUGAAGAAGCUUCAGCGAAGGUCCAGAGGCAGAUUAUCGAGUGGCGGCGAGUGGAGCUGCACAAGAUCUUCUCAGAGGAACUGGAAGAGGCCACCAGGAUGGGCGAGUUGGAGAAGAGCACCGCCAAGAGUCUUCAGCAUGAUUAUUUUACUUGUCAGGAUCAGCUCGAGGAGGUUCUGGAUGUCGUUUUUGCCAAUCAGCGCUAUGUGCUAGCUGAGCGCAGUGCACAGAGGAAGUUCUUGGUGCACAGCCUCCACAGUCUCAACAGCCUGAUUUCUGACACCUUCUCCAGCACCUCCAGCAACCUGGACAGCUGGUUCACUCACAUCAGGAGAGGGAGCACUGUGCCUGCAGAGCAGAUAGACCAGCUGCAGGAAAAGUCCCAGAAAGAGCUGGUGAUGUUGAGGCAGAGGCUGGAUGAGGCACUGAACCAGGAGAGGAGAGCCAUGCGCUGUGGACUUAUUAAGAAGAGGAGGGAGCUAAUCUCUGACAUGGUGAGAAUUCACAAACAGAGACAGAAGGAUUUAUCAGGCAUGUCCAAAGGUCUGGAGGAAAAAAUAGAGAUAGCACAGCACCUGCACUGUUGGCAGAACUUACUGACAGCUCACAGCUUGGAGCUAGCAGAGCUUAUCAACAACCUGGAUGAGGAGGCUGCUGCUGACAUCCGCAAGGUGACCAUGCGUGUGAUUCAAGGAGCCAUUGCGGACGUCAAAGCCAUCCAGCCUUCUGCAACUCAGGCUAUAUUAACAGUCUUGCCUCCAGGAGAGCAACACUCCCUGCUGCAGAUGGAACCAGACCCAGGAGCAGGAGGGCAGGCGUCGGGACAAGGAGCUAGCGCUCUCCUGCAGGGUCAGGAACGGCUUCACCAGGAAGGCAAGGCGGCCUUACGCACACUCAGCUGCACCAGAGAGGCUCUGCAGGAAGCCAUGGAGAAAGAGCUGCGGGAGCAGAAAGAGCUCAGGGCGUACUGCAGGGAUUUCUUCAGGCGUUUGUGUUUGUUCCAGCUGAAUCUGUCUGAAGAUGACAGGCUAAGGAUGAAACUGGAGUUUCAGAAGUGUCUGUCUGUGAUAGACCGCUGUCUGAUGCUGCCCCACGCUGUCUCCAGAAGUAAACUCCACACUGCCCUGACAGCUUGGAGAAAGGACAGCGAGAAACAUAUGACGCAUAUGCAAUCCAAGGGGAAAACCAGCGAGGCCAGACUGACAACAGACACAUCUGACCUGCGGCUUUUCCAGAAAAGACUCGAGGAUAGGAUCCAACUGUUUGAGAAGGAGAAAGAGAUGGAGAGUGGUAUGAUGAACAAGGUGUUGGAGGAAAUGCAAAGAGAGAGAGAAAAUGAUCUGCGCUCUCAGGCAGACGGCCUGGCCAUGCAGAUGGCCACCAUCCACUACCAGAAGGCUGAGAGGCGGACCAAAGUUUUAGAGACCUCCAGAGCCAUGGUGACCCUGCACGGUCUGCUCAUCCAACAGCUCAGAGAGAGAAAAAAUCUGGAGAGACAAGACAUGGCUCAGAGCAUACAGAGCCACUGCCUGGGCCUAGAGGAAGCAGAGCAACAGCUUCAGAAGGAGAAGACGGAGUUGGACGGCCUGCAGAUGUCUCAGCCCACAGUAGAGUCAAGUAAAAGACACCAAGAGGACUCUGACGACGCAGAGGAGGACAGUGAGGAAGAAAAUGUGUUUCGGCUGCAACUGGAUUGCAGGAUGACGUUCAUCCUCCAGGAGGCGCUCUGCAAGUGUGAGCAGGUCAUCACACUGAUGGCUGAGAGGUUCCAAGCAAUGACUGCCAACAAUCAAGCUGUAGAGGAUUUAAAAGAACAAAUGGAGCUCAAGAGACUUUAUGCAAACUGUGAUCAGGAUCUGGAGUUUGCAUCUCGGCUGGUGAAGCAGAGCCAGGUGUCUGCUGAGGUUCUGCUGGAGGCCCUGCGUCUCCUCUUACCAACCCUACCUGAGAGUGAACUCCUUUCGAUCACUGACGCCCUCUGCCCCAAACAGCACCCUGCGGCAGCAUCUGCAGAGCAGGAACACUCAGGGUGUGCCGGGGAGUCGAAUAGAGUUCUUCCUGUCAAGCUGAGGGAAGAUGUGGUGCAGAAAAAUAUGCUAAAUAUGCCAAGCUGCACUGUGGACAGAGAGAGACUCCAGGAAAAGAGGCAAAGUCUGAUGGAAAAACUGCUCCCCAGAUCCCAUCUUCUGCUUCCAAGAGAUGCUGCACCACUGCUGGUUGAGGAGAAAGGAAAGCGGGACGGUUUCACUAAAGCACAGCAGCGUGUUUGUAAGUCCGCCGCGCCUGUUAAGCUGCAGCACAGUGACGCUGCAAAAGACAGAGCGGUGGACACAGUGAAGGAAGCGUUACAUGACACAGCAGAGCAAAACGUGACUUCAGUCUCUGCCCUGGGCAGCGCUGCUACCGGAGAGAGGCUGUUUGUGUUUCGGGAUCCACCUGAAUCGUGUAACAGUGCAGACGUUCCUAAAAGAAAAAGGAAGAGGAAUUUCCUCAAUCUCAAGAAAGGUUCAGUGGCUCCAACGGACCUCCCUUGAGAUUUACAAACAUUGUCUUUCUAUUUUUAUUUUUUAUUUUUACGAUGAUGAUGAUAUUUUAUGAUGAUAUAUGAUAAUACUAAAAUACACAAUAAACCCGUAGUUUUGCUGUGCAGCAAAGGUAGCAACAUUUCUUUACUUUUCAAAGUUUAUGGAGCAUCUGACUUUGUUAUCAAGUAAAGGCAGCUGACUUCAACUGUUA